GACAAUAAAUAUUUCGUUCGCCCUUCCACCAAAAAGGAGUUCAAAUUAUAUAUUCAAGGUUAUUCUAACCCAACAAAGAACACAAAUUCAAACAAAUAAACCAGUCGAUAUUUUACUAGAAAGGUUUGUGAGUGUGAUUCACACACAAGAUAAAGUAAUAUUCAAAGUAAGACUUCCGUUUUAUGGGAAAUAUCAGUUCGAUGUAUAUGGAUGUGAUUUCACCAAAGCAAACAAUUUUUCAUUAGUUUGUUCAUACAUGAUAGACUGCAUAGACCCCAAAGAACCAUGUUUACCAUUCCCGGAUUUUCCAGAAGUAGGGUUUGGUAAUAAUCCGCAUGCAAACAAAUUGAAUAUCUACGCAAUUUCACCAAAAUCACCAUUUGUAAGGACAGGGAACGGCGUAGUUGAAUUUAUCAUUCAUAUUGAUGCAAAAUUGGAAAUAUCCCACAUGCUCAAAAGCCUAUUGAUAGGUAGUGGUACUCUGAGCAGACAUGUUGUUGCUAGAAGAGAAAAAGACAGAUAUAUAGCAAAUAUAAAAUUACCAAGAGAAGGCGAAUAUGCUAUUAAGUUUUAUAUUGGUCAAACGGAAGAAAAUAUUACUCAAAAUAUACCAACUGAUUUGCUGAAUUUUGUAAUCAAAUUUAAAGGAGAGGAAAGACCAUGUAACUUACCUUAUCCGAAUAUUCCUGAGGGUCAACUAGGUGCAAAGUUAGAUGCCAUGUCACUAGGAGUGAAAUGUUUGAGUAAUACCGGAGACUCAAUAAAAGCACCAGAUGGAACAGCUUCAUUUCAUUUCCGGGCAGAUGACUCAGUUGAACUGUUAUGUGAGCUUUCUUGUUGUAAACGUGAGGGCAACAGUAGAGUAUCAGUUGAAACAGAAGUAAAUAAUGGAGUAUGGACAUUUAACGUUGACAUGCCGAUUCCGGCAGAAUAUUCUAUGAAUGUAUUUGCUUUCAAGAAAAAUGAUUAUUCUAGAUUGCACCAGAUACACAGUUUCUUCAUUCACUCCGACGGAAACAUAAUACGACGAGUGAGGUUUUCUGAUGACAGUAUCGUGGAAAAUAUAAUAUCAGACACAAUAAUUACUAGUAAACCUGACGUCGUUAUUCCAAUACCGAGUCCAACACAAUAUGAGACAAUAUUCACAACUAUAAGUAAAACAGAUGAGAAGAUCUACGAAAAUGAAAACGAAAUAAAAGUGAAAACAAACAAUGAUUCAGUUGAAAUACGUUUAAAUGAUUAUGGCGAAUACGUACUCGAGGUGUUCACUCAUGAUAAGUAUGAGAAUGCAAUCUGCACGAGCGGAAGGUUUUACAUACAUUUCAAAAAGGAUGAAGACAUUUUUGAAGAUGACUUCCAAGAACUCGUAAAUACGCUUAAACCUAUAGAUGAAAUAGAGCCUGUUGAAGAACCAAUUCCGGACAGAAAAGAUAGCGUAUUCGAACAGGGUCAGUUUGAGGAGAUCUGUAGUGAAGAUUCCGACAGUGACAAUGCUGAAGUUAAUGAAGAACAAGAAAUGGAUGGCAAUGAAUCAGAUACACAGAGAAGUUUUGAUGAAGAUAUCACGUCUGUCUCCUUAACGGAAGAUGGAAUAAAAUCUGUAGCUUUGACGGAAGAUACAGAUUUACAGGAAGACAUGGAUGAAAUGGAAGAAAUGGCAAAAGAAAAAUUUAAGCAAGUAAAAGAAAAAUCUAUUAAGAAGAAUAUGGCAAAGGCAUUGAAAUCAAAAGAUCUGAAACAAAUGAAGACACAACUUAAGCGUUUCAAACAGUUUGACCUUGACCCCGAGGAUAAGAUGGUAGCAUAUGUACAGAAAGUAGUAAAAGAGCUCACGGUUAAGGAAAAAAUGACAGAAGCAUGUCGUCGAAGAAAUCCUAAAACAAUUCAGAAAUAUAUUCGUGAAGCAAAGGAGGCAAAUUUUGAUCAUCGACUAGACAUGCAAAUUAAACUGUCAAAAAAGAUUCUUGACAGAGUAACAAAAUUGGAAAAAUUGAUGAAGCCGUUGUUAAAAAUGAAUCAAAACAUGCUGACAGAAAUGAAAAAAUAUCAGACACCACCUGAAAGUGUUCAUCAGAUUCUUAAAGCCACUGGUAUACUACUUGGAGAUGAUCCUAAGAAACUACAGACAUGGAAGAACUGCCAGGGUUUUCUUUUUAAAACCGGUAAAGAAAAUGUAAUGAGGAGAGUGUCUCAGUUUGAUAUAAACUCAACGUCACCGGCCAUGAUUAAUAAAAUUAGCAGCAUACUCAAACCAUAUAAUCUCGUACAGAUACGUGACGCCAGUAUAGGUGCUGCUGCAUUCUAUCUUUGGAUCACUGGUAUCUUGAAAGAGACAAAGAAACGACAUGUUAAUAAAAAUAAAGACAUGCUACCAAGAUCCUCCAGACCAAGGCCUGCAACGAUGUCAGUUCACGGCGGUAGCUUCCUAGUUAGAAUAUAAAUAGAUUAGAAACCACAAAUGACAGAUUCAAAUCAUUCUAUUAAGCAUGAUGUGGUAAAAUCGACUCAGCUGGAUGAACCAAUAUAAUAUAGAAACACUUCUUGAGAGCGUUUAAAGCUCUUUUAUAUAUGUUUUAUAUGUGUUUGAAAAUAUUUUGUAUGAAUGACAUUAUUUAGUCUUGUUUAUUAAUGCUAAGAUUAGGAAGAACCUGAUUAAAUUUUAUGAAA